GAAUUUUCUUCAUGGAUUUUUCCAUGACGGAAUUUACCGAUGUUUAACGAAAAUGGCGGUUCAGUACCAGUUCCAACCGGUCACAUAGAAACUGCUUUUUCACUGCUUGGAACCUCAAAUGCAUUUCAAAAUCCUUUCUUCCAGUUAAAAGGGGUAAUCUUAAGAGAUGACACUGUCAGAUGAGGCGACUAAAUUACUCGACUUCAGUCAAAAGUUAGAUAUCACGCUAUUAGACAACAUUGUAGGAUGUAUGUACCAAGGAGAGGGCACUCAGCGGAUGGCUCAGGAGGUGCUCACCACUUUGAAGGAGCACCCAGAUGCUUGGACACGAGUUGAUACCAUUUUAGAGUUCUCAAAUAACCAACAAACUAAAUAUUAUGCACUUCAAAUAUUGGAAACAGUCAUCAAAACACGAUGGAAAGUGUUGCCAAGGGAACAAUGUGAAGGUAUUAAAAAAUACAUUGUUGGCCUGAUCAUUAAAACAUCAUCAGAUGCUGAUGUGCUGGAGAAAGAAAAGGUCUAUUUGGGAAAACUUAAUAUGAUAUUAGUACAGAUAUUAAAGUAUGAGUGGCCGCGGAAUUGGCCUUCAUUCAUCAGUGAUAUAGUUGGUGCCAGCAAAACUAAUGAAUCCCUCUGUCAGAAUAAUAUGAUUAUUCUUAAACUCCUAAGUGAAGAGGUGUUUGACUUCUCCAGUGGUAAUAUGACCCAAGCAAAGGCCAAGCAUCUCAAAGACAGUAUGUGUAGCCAGUUCUCACAGAUCUUUCAACUGUGCCAGUAUGUCAUGGAUAACUCACAGAAUGCACCUCUGGUGGGAUCUACACUGGAAACCUUACUACGCUUCCUCAACUGGAUACCUCUAGGCUACAUAUUUGAGACCAAACUCAUCACAACUCUCAUAUACAAGUUCCUCAAUGUCCCUAUGUUCAGAAAUGUUACACUAAAGUGCCUAACUGAAAUAGGUGGCGUUCAAGUGUCACAAUAUGAGGAUGCCUUUGUGCAACUGUUCACUCUGACCUUGACCCAGUUAAAACAGAUGCUCCCUCUCAAUACAAAUGUGCAGGUGAAGUAUAGCUCUGGACAGGAUGAGGAGCAGAAGUUCAUACAGAACCUCAGUCUGUUCUUGUGUACAUUCCUGAAGGAGCAUGGCCAGCUUAUAGAGAACAAUGUAGAACUCCAUGAGCAGCUUUUAGAGUCCCUUCAUUAUUUAAUUCUAAUCUCUGAAGUUGAGGAAACUGAAAUAUUCAAGAUCUGUUUGGAGUAUUGGAAUACAUUGGCAGCAGAUUUAUAUCGAGAGAGUCCCUUCUCUACUACUAUGUCAUCCCCACUCCUUAUUGGCAAGACAGCCUCGGAGAUGCCAGUCAGGCGGAAACUCUAUAACCCUGUACUAUCAAAGAUCCGUCGUAUUAUGAUCUCACGUAUGGCAAAGCCUGAAGAAGUGUUAGUUGUAGAGAACGACCAGGGAGAGGUAGUGAGAGAGUUUAUGAAAGACACUGACAGCAUCAACAUGUAUAAAAAUAUGAGGGAAACCUUAGUUUACCUGACGCAUUUGGACUAUGUAGACACAGAGACCAUAAUGACAGAAAAACUACAUAAUCAAGUGAAUGGUACAGAAUGGUCUUGGAAGAAUCUAAACACAUUAUGUUGGGCUAUAGGAUCUAUAAGUGGUGCUAUGCACGAGGAAGAUGAGAAGCGAUUCUUAGUGACAGUAAUCAAAGAUCUUCUUGGACUUUGUGAGCAGAAACGUGGCAAGGAUAAUAAGGCCAUCGUUGCCUCAAAUAUUAUGUAUGUUGUUGGACAGUACCCACGAUUCAUGAGGGCACAUUGGAGAUUCCUCAAAACAGUCGUCAAUAAACUAUUUGAAUUCAUGCAUGAAACUCACGAUGGUGUACAAGACAUGGCUUGCGACACAUUUAUAAAAAUAGCACAAAAAUGUCGACGGCAUUUUGUCCAGGUUCAGGUUGGUGAAGUUAUGCCGUUUAUAGAGGAAAUCCUGAAUGGCAUCAAUGCAAUCAUCUGUGACCUCCAGCCCCAACAGGUGCACACGUUCUAUGAGGCAGUUGGUCUCAUCAUUAGUGCACAAACAGACCAAGCACCUCAAGAACACCUCAUAGAAAAAUACAUGUCCCUACCAAACCAGGUCUGGGACCGAAUAAUCAACCAAGCCACACAGACAGUUGAUGUCCUUAAAGAUCCAGAUUCUGUGAAACAGCUUGCUAAUAUUCUCAAGACUAAUGUCAGGGCUUGUAAAGCUCUAGGUCAUCCUUAUGUAGUACAGCUUGGGCGUAUCUACCUCGACAUGUUGAACGUGUACAGGGUGAUGUCCGAAAAUGUAAGCAGUGCUAUAACACGUAAUGGGGAACAAGUUGUCAAACAACCUCUCAUAAAAAGUAUGCGAACUGUGAAAAAGGAAACCCUGAAGUUGAUCUCUGGAUGGGUUAGCAGGUCGACAGAUCCACAAAUGGUUGCAGAGAAUUUCCUACCGCCACUAUUAGACCCAGUGUUAAUGGACUACAAGAGAAACAUCCCAGCUGCUAGGGAACCAGAGGUCUUGAGCACCAUGGCAACUAUUGUCAACAAACUUGAGGGUCACAUAACAAAGGGUAUUCCACAGAUAUUUGAUGCAGUGUUUGAGUGUACAUUAGAAAUGAUAAACAAAGACUUUGAGGAGUACCCAGAACAGAGGACCAACUUCUUCCUAUUGUUACAGGCUAUCAACCUUCACUGUUUUCCAGCUUUCUUGGAAAUCAAAGCAGAACAGUUCAAGCUAGUAUUGGACUCUAUUAUCUGGGCGUUUAAGCACACCAUGAGAAAUGUAGCAGACACAGGAUUAAACAUUCUAUAUGCCUUACUACAAAAUGUUGGCCAGGAAGAGAGUAGUGCUCAAAGUUUCUACCAGACCUACUAUACUGAUAUCUUGCAGCAUGUUUUCUCAGUUGUUACUGAUAGUUCUCACACAGCAGGUUUGACCAUGCAUGCAACUAUCUUAGGGUAUAUGUUCAGUUUGCUAGAAUCCAAUAAGAUCACAAUACAGCUCAGUCCUCCAGACAUGCCUGCAGCGCAGAACUUACAAUAUGUGCAACAGUUCCUGGCCAACCUCCUCAAGGCUGCUUUCCCACAUCUAAAUGAAAUGCAGAUUGAGGUGUUCAUAAAAGGACUGUUCAGUUUUAACCAGGACAUCCCAGCUUUCAAGGAACAUCUCAGGGACUUCCUUGUGCAGAUUAGGGAGUUUGCAGGGGAGGAUAACACAGACUUAUUCCUUGAGGACAGAGAAAUAGCUAUAAAGACAGCACAGGAUGAGAAGAGGAAAAUACAGAUGGCUGUACCAGGUAUUAUUAACCCCCACGAGAUACCAGAUCAAGAAAUGCAAGAUUGACUAAAUGGUAAUGCCAACAAUGUGGCACCACCUAGACCUCGCUUACACUGCUAAACUGCACUACAUCCCAAUUCAGAGAUAUCUAGUCUCAAACAUGCUGUACAGAGCCAGCUGACAUUCAGGCAACUCUUCAUUUAUGAUUGUACAGAGCUAGCUGAUAUUCAGACAACUAAGUACGAAAGUUCAGGCCUAGUUCUUGUGGACAUGGGCAAGAUGUAAGAUGUCUCAAGUUUCUGUUAUGAUGUGUUCUGUGAAUCACAUUGACCAAAAAUGAUUGACAUAAUGUGUUUGCAAUUACUUUUUGUUUUCUUAUCAUUGUUCUGACAAUGUUAAGCAUUUAAAAGAUUUGCAUGCUUAUUGAACAGAUCUCUCAUUCUUUUAAUACAACUUUGUAAAAUGAUCAUGAUAACAGAAAUCUUCAAUAAACAGUGGAGAUGAGAAAUAACAUUAUUUUCAUAGAGUCUACAAAAUCUGUAGUUUGGUUUGUUAUAACAUGAACUGUUUUGAAAUAAUCCAUUGCAACAGUCCUCAUCAAAGGAAUGUUUGGUGUACUGUAUGGUAAAAAGGACAGAGAACUCACUCUCUAUUUUAUUGUACUAUAUCUCAUAUCAUAUCUACAACUGAAUGGAAUUUUGUAAACCAAAGCAUCAAACUAACGUGAAUUAUAUCAUGGCUGUCUAAUGCUAAAUGUAACAAUGAGACACGUGAUAUGAAGAAUGUAACCAGUGCAAUGUUUGAACAUUACAAUCAUGGAAAACAUAGAAAGGAUAAAGAUAGAUAUAAACUGGGGAAUGAGAGAUAUGCUAUUUCUGAAGAAUGAAUGAGAAAAUAUGACUGUACAUUAAUUUACUCGAGUGAUAAUGAAUUUGAUGGCAUGAGUGGGAAAUUAUUCAAAUUCUGUACAUAUUUUUCAAUAUUCAGCAUACACAGGUUGAGUGUUUGUACUUUGUGUACUGGUCCUAGAAAAUAGCAAUGUGUUUGUAUAUUAUGGACACAUCUUUAUUGUACAUUUUAAGUAGGCAUAGCGAGAUCAGUAUUUAAAAUGUAAGUAAUGUUUUUGUACUAUUUGUUAAAGUGAGCAGAUUGUUCAACCAAAAAUGAGAACUUAGAGUAGAUUCAGGUGGUUUCUAUAGAAACAGCAUUGUAAAAAGACCCCUUAGUUCCUUGUAAAUACAGCAUAGCAUCACAUUACGUCUUCAUUGUAGAGUAAACAUUUUCACACAUAAUGUCACAGUUGUCAUGAAAGUACAAAGUUCCCAUGAUUUAAUUAUUGAAUGUCCACUAUUCUUGUGGAAGUCUAUUUUAAAGUCAAAAUUGAAAAAUGUGACAUCCCACCAGGGGUUAUGAGAAGCGUGAACAAUUUGCUUUGAGAAAUUGGUCCUUUUGUAUUGUAAUUCAUAUCGCCUCUCAUUUUGUAUUGUAAUUCAUAUUGCCUCUCAUUUUGUAUUGCAAUCAUUGCCCAUGUUUUCUACAGUCACUGUAAGGAGAUGUGAUGAGACAUGUAAUAUAUUUAGUUUAAGAAGCUAGUUUCUUGUUGGAAAUCAUGGUCUUGCCUGACAGGAAAAUCAUCCCAGAAGCACUUAAAAUGUGUUCCUGGGAAUCUAUAAAUUGUGAAUCUCAUUUUGUCCUUGUGCUAUGAAGUCAUUAGACUGAAAAUGAUCCAUGUGGGGCCAAUAUAAAAAAAAGCUAAUCAUUGCUAAUUUCACAAUUAUUUUUUGCCUUUAGUGUACAUUUUCUGAUGUUUUGUAAAAAAUAACUGCAGUUUUUAAAAAUUGUUAAUCUUACAUUUGUAUGAUGUCAUACCACAAGGACAAAAUGUAUUGCAACAUUAUCCAUAAACUAGAUAGAAUUCAUGGUUAAUUCUAGGAUGAGAAUGACACACAUUUAUAUUUAUUUUGCAAAUCCCAAGGAUUUAUUGAUAUGAGAGAAUGCCAGUUUCAUGGCAGCAUGACUAGGAUUUGAGAGUUCAUUACUACAUCAAAUAUGUGCAUAUCUGAGUUCACUGUAUAUAUUAAACUCAUUAACAAAUAAUAACAAAAAGAAUGGUUGAUCUACUGUAUGUGUUUUGGAUUGAAGGUAUUUUAGAGCUAGACCAAGAUGGUGAUGAUGACUGCUUGUGCACUACCUCCUUUUAAAACAACAUUUGGUUAUUUUCCCAUCUGUUGUUUAUGUCAUAGCAUUUUGUACUGGCAAUGAAAUAUCUUCCUAGACCUUGUUUUCCAUUAAGAAAUAAGAAAUAGUCAGAUAGUAGGUAGUGUAAAGGUUUCUAUUUUUUAAAUGUAGAAAUGCACGAUCUUUUGUGUAAAAUCAAUCAUAAAUGGCACCUAUAUUUUGGUUAUACAGUUUAAGUGGAACACCUCUGUACAUGGAACACCUCACAAGUGGAACAGUGUUUUGUGGUCCCGAUGG